AUGUCGUAUUCAGAGAAAGCCGCUUUUGAGGACCACGCUGAAGAUGCGUCUCCACUACCCUUCCUUGCCUCCUCCGCCAAAGAAGCCACCGACCGCGAACAUGCCAUGACCCUCCGGACAGCUCUGCGCCUCUAUCCAAAAGCCAUCGCCUGGUCCAUGUUCCUCUCAUCCGCCGUGGCAAUGGAAGGUUACGAUAUCGUGCUCAUUGCCUCGUUCUUCGCGUUCCCGCCCUGGAACCAGACAUUCGGCCAUCGCCUGCCGGGCACAGAUGAUUUCGAAGUUUCCGCAGCCUGGCAGUCGGGGCUGUCCAAUGGCGCGAGAGUGGGCGAGAUCUUUGGUCUGAUUCUGAAUGGAUUCGCAGCAGAUCGUUUUGGAUAUCGCAAGACCAUGGUGGGAUUCUUGCUUAUGAUGAUCGGAUUCAUCUUUGUGCCGUUCUUCGCGCAAGAUAUCGCCACGCUGCAGGUGGGGACUGUACUCAUGGGCGUCCCUUGGGGUGUAUUCCAGACUUUGACGACCACAUAUGCCUCGGAGGUGUGUCCAGUGGUGCUACGAGGCUACCUCACCACAUAUGUGAACAUGAUGUGGGGUUUGGGGCAGCUGAUCGCUUCUGGUGCGUUGCGAGGUUUCCUGCAUCGCAAUGACCAGUGGGCGUAUCGCAUUCCGUAUGCUCUGCAGUGGGUGUGGCCGGUACCAUUGCUCAUCGGAGCGCUAUUCGCACCGGAGUCGCCAUGGUGGUCGGUGCGCAAGGAUCGCCUCGACGAUGCGAAGAAAUCACUGCAGCGACUGACUUCCAACGCACCCGCCGACGAUAUUGACCAGACCAUCUCCAUGAUGAUCCAUACCAACGAGCUGGAGAAGCAUGUCUCCGCCGGCACAUCAUUUUCCGACUGCUUCCGCGGCGUCGACCUACGCCGGACGGAAAUCACAUGUCUAACAUGGAUCACCCAACCUCUUUGCGGUGCAUCGCUGAUGGGCUUCUCAGCUUACUUCUUCAAGCAAGCAGGUCUCAGCAACGACAUCUCCUUCGACUUCUCCAUGGCACUCUACUCUGUAGCCAUGAUCGGUGUGGUGAUCGCCUGGUUCGCCAUGUCUUAUUUUGGACGAAGAACGCUCUUCCUGGGUGGGCUUUCAGCCAUGUGCCUCAUCCUGCUGAUCAUUGGCUUUGUGUCUCUGGCUCCGCCAAAGGCUAGUGGAACGAAUUUCGCCAUCGGAUCGCUGCUACUGUUAUGGACGCUGUUCUACGACAUCACUGUCGGGACCAUCACAUACGCUAUUGUCGCGGAGAUACCCUCCUGUCGACUGCGGACAAAGACGGUGGUGCUGGGUCGCUGUUUGUACAAUGUGAUCGGCAUCAUGAACGGCAUCAUCACUCCGCGAAUGCUCAACCCUUCCGCCUGGAACUGGCAGGGUAAAGUCGGUUUCUUCUGGGCUGGUAUGUGUUUUCUCUGCCUCACAUGGGCGUACUUCCGCUUGCCGGAGCCGAAGGGACGGACGUAUGGUGAGCUGGACGCUCUGUUUGAGAGGGGGAUCAGUGCGAGGAAGUUCAAGAACACGAAGUUGGAGCUUUUUGGCGAGGACGAGAAAGUGGAUGUGGCCGAGAUCAAGAACAGAUCAAGAGACGGUCUAUGAAGUUCGAGCGAAGGUAAUGUGGGGAGGUGACCACUCGGACCAUCGCUUCUCAUGUCCCGCCAUUUGGAUUGAAUUGGCAAUGACUGACUCUGAGUCUGUCGCCCGUUGUCUCCUGACCAGAAUAUCAUGAGUCCGGCGAUAAGCCGGAACCCAAAGUUUCAAUCGCUGCUGAUGCGGUUCACGGCCGGUGGCAGGUCGGAACCUCAACCGUGAUCAACCAUCAAACGAUCAGCAUCUUCAUGGCAUGG